CUCCUCCUUCAAGCUCCAUGUGAGUAGCCAGCAGCAGCGAUAGCAGCAACAGCAGCAAAAGGAGAGAAGAGAAUGGCUCCCCCCACAGGUAGUGUAAUGGACGGCCAGCCUCACCGUUCUGUAGCCAACCGCCUCCGAUGGGACCUGACAGCAGAGCAAAUCGAAAGCAUGACGACAGAACUCAUCGAGAAGACCAAGCAAGUGUACGAUGCUGUGGGCGCCCUUCAGCAGAGUGAAGUCUCAUAUGAAAACACCCUGAAGGCCUUGGCUAAUGUGGAGGUGGAAUAUACAGUUCAGAGGAACAUAUUGGACUUCCCUCAGCAUGUCUCUCCAUGCAAAGACAUCCGCACUGCAAGCACUGAGGCUGAUAAGAAGCUGUCAGAAUUUGACGUGGAGAUGAGCAUGAGACAAGAUGUCUAUCAGAGGAUCCUCUGGCUCCAGGAAAAGGUGGAAAGCACCUCCCUGAGGCAGGAAGCAAAGAGGUACCUGGAGCGGCUGAUCAAGUUGGGCAGGAGAAGCGGGCUUCAUCUUCCGGAGGAGACUCAGGAGAAAAUCAAGGCCAUUAAGAAGAAGCUGAGUGUGCUUUGCAUCGACUUCAACAAAAACCUCAAUGAAGACACUACUUUCUUGGCGUUCACAAAGGAAGAACUAGGAGGGCUCCCUGAAGACUUCUUAAACUCCCUGGAGAAGACUGAAGAUGGGAGACUGAAGGUGACCUUGAAGUACCCUCAUUAUUUCCCCCUGAUGAAGAAAUGCCACGUGCCAGAGACCAGGAGAAAGAUGGAGGAGAUGUUCAAUUCCAGAUGCAAAGAGGAGAAUUGCCUGAUCCUGAAGGAACUGGUGGAUUUGCGGGCUCAGAAAUCUGCUCUCCUGGGGUUCAAGACGCACGCUGACUUUGUGCUGGAGAUGAAUAUGGCUAAGAACUACAAGACAGUCAUGAAUUUUCUAGAUGAGCUGUCCGUCAAGCUGAAGCCUCUGGGGGAGAAGGAGCGCGCCACCAUCCUGGACCUGAAGCAGAAGGAGUGUGAGAAACGGAGCCUCCCGUUUGAUGGCCGCAUCAAUGCCUGGGAUAUGCGGUACUACAUGAACCAAGUGGAGGAGACCCAGUACAGCGUGGACCAGAACCUGCUGAAGGAGUACUUCCCCAUGCAGGUGGUGACGGCCGGUCUGCUGGAGAUCUACCAGGAACUGUUGGGUCUCACCUUUCACCUGGAGGAGAACGCCCCCGUGUGGCACGAAGACGUCCGACUCUACACUGUCAAUGACGUCGCUUCUGGAGAGACCAUCGGCAAGUUCUACCUGGAUCUUUACCCACGUGAGGGGAAGUACGGCCACGCAGCCUGCUUUGGGCUGCAGCCCGGUUGCCUGCUGGCUGAUUCAAGCCGGCAGAUAUCUGUGGCAGCCAUGGUGGCCAACUUCACCAAACCAACGCCAGAUGCCCCUUCGCUGCUGCAGCACGACGAGGUGGAGACGUAUUUCCAUGAGUUCGGACAUGUCAUGCACCAGCUGUGUUCGCAGGCUGACUUUGCUAUGUUCAGUGGAACCCACGUGGAGCGGGACUUCGUGGAGGCUCCGUCUCAGAUGCUGGAGAACUGGGUGUGGGAGAAGGAGCCGCUGAUGCGCAUGUCCAAGCACUACAAGACAGGCAGCCCCAUUCCCGAUGAGCUCCUGCACAAGCUCAUCAAGUCUCGCCAAGCCAAUACAGGGCUGUUCAACUUGCGGCAAAUCGUUCUGGCUAAAGUGGACCAGGCCUUGCAUACACAAACGAACGCUGACCCUGUAAAGGAGUACUCCCAGCUGUGCGAUGAGAUAUUAGGUGUCCCUGCUACGCCAGGUACGAACAUGCCAGCCACCUUUGGGCACCUGGCAGGAGGCUAUGACGCCCAGUAUUACGGUUACCUCUGGAGCGAGGUAUACUCCAUGGACAUGUUCUACACACGCUUCAAGCAAGAGGGGAUCAUGAACUGUAAGGUGGGCAUGGACUACCGGACCUGCAUCCUUCGCCCAGGGGGCUCGGUGGACGCCUGGGACAUGCUGCGGAAGUUCCUGGGCAGGGAUCCAAAGCCAGACGCCUUCUUGGCCAGCAAGGGGCUAAAUGUGGAACCCAACAUGCUCCCUUCAGCGUGCUGAAUGGGCCACUUCGCCUCUCCCGGCCCCCCCCCCCGAGUAAACCUCUCCCAUCUCACUUUUUGUGUGCUCAGAGGUAGCUGCUCACGUGUCCCUGGUUUGGCCCGAGACUGAUGGUUUAGGGGUGGUCGUUUGUAGAAACAACAGGAAACAUACCUUGACACGGGAGAUGCCUAGUCUCAGGGGAGCGAUUACGGUCAAGUAGCACAAACGGUCUUCUGGAUUCCCCCUCCGCCCCCCGCCUUUCUUCAUCCCUCCAAAUCCCAAGCUGGUGGAAAGCUAGAAAUGAUGUCUGUAUGUUGUUUUUCUUGGUAUGGGAAAGGAAAAAGAGAUUUUUUUAAAAAGCAAUAAUGAAACCUUACCAAUGAUUGUUUUCAUAGAAGCUCCCCCAUUUCUUACAAAAUGAGCUAUCUUCUCAGACUUGAAUAAUUCUCCUUUCUCUGGCCGCACACUUGGGGAGGGAGAAUCUUUUAAUCUGCCUUGUAAAACAGCUAGACGCCCUAAUUUUCAUCCCUGGGAUUUUUGGCUUCUAUUGCAAAUGGAUCCUAGCCUGGGUUGAUCAUGAACCCGGUUCUCAGAACUGCAAAACAGUGGAUUGUUAAAACUGUGUUACACCUUUCUGAAUCCAUUGAAAUCAACGGGCUUAGAAGGAUGUUAACUGUGCUCUGGAUGGCAUUGUAAGUUUUAGAACAUCCUGGUGUCCUCUUCUUGGCUUCAGACCUGCUGGAGUGUUGGGAAAGAGAUAUCCUUUGUUCUUUGCAACAAUGCUACCCCCCUCCCACUACUUUCAACGCUGCCAUCACCAUCUUAGCUCUGCUGUCCUUGCCCUGAAUGGUGAAUGGCCUUCAGGGCCAGGAUAGAUGACCACUGGCAACCUCCCAGCCUGGCCAAAUGUCCUCAAAUGUCUUUUAUUUAUUUAUUUGUUCAAACAGUCUUUUUUGCAGGUCAUACGUUGCACGCUGUAUCCCCCAGAGCUUGGUCAGCCUGUGGCUUUUCUUUGCCAUCUAAAUUUCCCAACUUGUAGUACAGCAUAGAAUGAUUGGACAUAUCAACCUUAUUAUACCAAAAAAGAAGAAAGUAAAAUUGUGCGGUAUCCCAGUCCCAUUCUAGCGGUUUAAACAUAUCAAAUGCCUACUUUCUUAAUGGCACCAGAAAUCUGGUUAAAGAUUUAAAUACUCGGGUGAGCGGCAGGAGUUCUUAAUUCUGCUUCUGUGCCCUUGGCACUCUGUCUGUCCGUCUGUCCUUCCAUCUGUCCCGGGAUGAUUCUCCUUCCCUCUCCCACAUGCUCAGGAUUCAGGUGUCAUUUCCACCUAAGUUCUGGCUCUUAGCUGCAUUGGGGGGGGGGCCUUAUGUGUACUCUCAUUCGUUUGCCCAUCCCCGUAAAAGGCUAGCAAUAGAAAGGGGCGGGCAACAAAUACAAAACAGCCUUAGCAGAGCAGCAAGCCAGGAAGAGGGGACAGUGACAGUGGAGGACACGAAUCCGGUUGGACGCCAAGAUCUGUUCUGCUCAUGAUGGUGUCUUUCUCCAGCACAAGGAGUCUUCCUUCGAUGCAAAAGAGCAUCAAGGGAAGGUUCUUUGCAUUGGAGCAAAGUCCUAUCACAAGUGGAACGAAUCUGUGGGACCCAGCCCAGCAUGCCAACUCCAAAAAUGCUAUCUUGGCCUUCAAGGAGUCAGUAUUUACACUAUUAGGUAUCCCGCAACCCAACCUACAGGGAAACAGUACUUUUAAACUUCUAUUAAGAGCCCAUCAGCCCUUAGCAAGAUGAUGGUUCACCACGUAGAGGAUUUGUGAUCCACUUACCAGGAUUGUUCUUCCUGGUGGGUGAUUGACUUCUUGAGCUCAGGGAGGAGGCAAAUUCUCGUUGGACAAGACGGUUGGGGCCAGAUCUGCACAGUCUGUGGCAGCACUGCAGCUUGGCUGGGGAAAGCCCACCAAUCGCAACCCUCCAAGGCUUGAGAUGGUGACACCUUAGAGGUGAACAUCGGUCUGUAGAGAAUCGUGCUGCUUCUUAGUUUACGGGAAAAUGGGAGGGGUGCCUGCCAGGUAAGAACAGUGACAGCUGACUGUAGCAGAAGGACUAAAAAUCAAGAUAAAAUGGGCCAUUCUAGCACUAGCCAUCAUAGUACCCAUGAAUAAUUCAAGACAGUAAAUUGGGGGAAUUUUGUUUGCUAAAUUAGGAUUUAUCUCAGGAUCACGACCCCAAAGUAACCACUUCUGAGUGCCGGUGGCAUAAACCAACCUGUAAAGUUCUGGUGUGUCAAGAUGGUCAUGUGUGGCAUAAAGCGUGCCUGUGGGCACAACCUUUUCUCUUUGCACACUGAUUGACCUGGGGCAUGUGUCCAUCAGCUUAGCAUCUCUUUCAUGUGGACCCUUGUCAGUUUCUCCUCUUGGCUUAUCACUGGUGCGAUUUGAUUGUUACUUUCUUUAGUAUUCUGGUUUGAACCUUUUGCUGUGGCUUACCUUUUGGACAUUUGUAGCAGUACAGUGCAAAAAAAAAAAAAUUGGAAGGGGAAAAUCCACACUGGGCCAUAUCAAGCAGGGAAUCUCACCCCAUUGGUGAGAUCUCCUCUGCACUUUAAGCCAGAGUUGUCACAUAUGUGAAGCUAAGUUUUAGGCUGCCUUUUGGAGGGAGGCAAACCCCUUCUUCAUGAAUUUCUAGCAAGAUAGAGGGUGUAAACGAUACUGAUCUACAUUUUGGGUUGUAGCCCAGAUCUCAAGUACGUGCUGGUUCUGAGCGUUCAGUUGACAGAAAAUUCUCAUCCUUCCUUUCCUCUUAAUCUGAAAUAGAUUGUGGGUUGGACGUUCCGAGCAUGCCCUUCGGUUUUGUAAAAGCAUAACCAUACACACUUCCCUCUUCUUGUUACAUUGACUGGAUUUUCGAUUUGAUGGUGGAUACUAACAAUAAAGUUUUUAAAGUUGAA